GGGGUCAAAUUUCUUGGUGGGGGGGGCGGGACUGAGUAACGGGAAAACUGAAAAACACCCUCAGAUUCACUGUCAGCAGAUACGACACUUCUCGGCCUUUCAAGCUGCAAAGUAACUCACUUUAACACACGGAACCAGCGGAAAUGACAGGUGACAGUGAAGUGGAGAUUGUUGACACAGCUGACCAUUGUCCUGGAACCCAAAACCAUAAUGCUCCGAGUGAAACAGGAGCACUGGUGGAAGUCACCUUUCAGAAAAACCCCUAUCGAGAACAGAAGUACUUGGAGGCGGAGCCCAAAGCUUUAGGGCUAACACAGAUUAUGCUAAGUCUCUUUUUCGUGAAUAUCAUACUUGUUAAGCACAAAAAUGACUGGGCCUGCCUGUCAAGUACCAUCACUGGUAGCCUUUCUUCAAUUGGAAUAAUAGCUGGUAGUGUGGCAAUAGCUGCACAGACUCUUCACCUUCCUAAAGUUAACUGGCAACAGCUGAAAGCCUGUUUGGGAAUGCAGAUAGUGACAUGUGCAGCAUCAGUGAUCUACAUUCUUAUGAGUUUGAUGAUAGCAGUUGACCUCUGUUUCCCUAACCACUGCUGGGACUAUCACUAUGAAAAUGCAACUUCGCAGCAUGAAUUAUGUGAUAAAUUGAUGGAGGCACAUUCACAUCUGCAAGGACUAGCAAUGCUAUGUCAGGCAGCUCAGGUUGCCAUCUCUGCCACCUUAGCUGCAUUCUGCUGCAAAGUGAUUCAGUGCUGCUCACCCCAGACUAGCGUGCCCAUGAUUGUUGUGAACGCACCCACAGCUCCUCAGUGAAGGCUAUUCAUUUAACAAACCAUCUAGUUCAUAUAUUGAGUUCGUUUAAAUCUAACCCAUACAUAACUGCAAAUAUUUUAUUACACAUUUACACCAUUAAAAGUAUGUACUGAAUGUGUAACAUUAAACAUUAAUGUAACAUUAAAUGUAAUGAAUUUCUUGCCAGUGUUUAAUCAGAUAUUGUGAUAUUAACAUUUUUACUCAUGAAUAACAGCAACUUAAAAAAAAAAAAGUAUUUGUAUGUAAACAUGGCCUAAAUACAGCAACUUGGGUUAUAGGCGAAUGUGGUUUUAAGCAGUACUCCUCUUUCAGACUCACUUCACUAAUUCACUGCGAGCUUGUUUUGUCCAGCAAAAGCGUACUUGUAUAUUCAAUUGUAAACUGCUUAUCUCUAUAAGGAAUGUUAUGUAAAUUCCAAUAAAGGAAAUAUUUUUGCAAUUAUU